AUGUCCAAUGUGUACACACUGAAAGAUUUCAAUAAAAGAGGACAUCGGCUAGGUAGUGCAUAUGAGCAAAAGCUCAAAAAAAAAAUAAGAUCUGUUACCGAAUUUAACUCUGAGAUUAAUGAUCUUAGUGAAAAGCUAGUAGAUAAAUACAAUGAGCAGGAAAAGGAGUAUCAGCAAAGCUAUAGUGAUAUUGGAAAUAAGAUUAGCCAAUUAAAUGCAUCCAGCACUAAAGUUAGAUCCCAAUUUAUUUCUGAACAGAAGUCUCAUUCUGAGAGUCAAUGUGAGCUUGAAGCCAAAUAUACUGCCGAAAUCAAAUCGCUUAAAUCUUCUAUUAAAACUCUGAAGAGAGAGACGACCCUGGCCCAGAAAGCUUCGUCUGCUAACAAGAUCAAAAUUCUUUCUCUUGAAACUAAAGUACGUGAAUUGGAAGGUAAGUUGGAGGACUUGAAACCAGAUCUGACAUUUCAUGAUUCUGAUAUAAUGGGAAGAAUGAUAGAAGAGCCGGCCAAAAUAAACUCAUCGGAUCCCAAAGAGGUCGAUUCAUCACAAAAGAUUCCAGAGAACAUAUUAGAGACUUUGCAAGAGCUAUUACCCCGGGAUGAGAUAGUUUUGAAAAAUCAAGAAGUUACCCUAUCUAAUCAAUCUGUUUAUAGUGGCGAAGAAGUAGUGCCAUCAUCUCAAGUAAUGCCUCUAGUGGGUUCCUCUAAAAUCGUACCGGCUAUCCCUGCCAUUGAAAGUUCUUUAAUGUCAUAUGCCAACUUACUUUAUUUCUUUUUGCAGUUAUAUGAAUCAUUAGGAAAAAAAUCUGGGAUUCAUGAA